GUUUCUGCUGAGAGUCAACCUAUGUGUCCUGAUGGAAGAACUAAUCAAUAUUGCGAACCUUGCGGUGGUACAUGUGACAGUCUCGAUUUAGGUUAUUUCAAAGCAUUGCAGAACGGGUACCCAGCACCUUGUCCUCUCAUUUGUUUGACAGGGUAUUACUGCUCUUGUCCGGAGGGUUACAUGCAAAGAAGCGAAAACGAUAUUGAAUGUGUCAAGAUUUCAACUUGCAUUGCGGAAGCACAAGCAAAGAUGUGUCCUGCUGGAAGUACAUACUCUGAUUGCGAACCAUGUGAAGGAACAUGCGAUAAUCCAAAUAUGGAAGGAGAAAAUUCACCCUGCACACUUCAAUGCAAGUUUGGGGAUUACUGCUCGUGCCCAGAAGGACAGAUGCAAAAGAGUCCAAAUGAACGUAUUUGCGUUCCCAAGGCCGAAUGCAUUGAGGCAAAAAAGAAAGAAAUGUGUCCUGCUGGAAGUACAUACUCUAAUUGCGAACCAUGUGAAGGAACAUGCGAUAAUCCAAAUAUGAAAAGAGAAAAUUCACCCUGCACACUUCAAUGCAAGUUUGGGGAUUACUGCUCGUGCCCAGAAGGACAGAUGCAAAAGAGUCCAAAUGAACGUAUUUGCGUUCCCAAGGCCGAAUGCAUUGAGGCAAAAAAGAAAGAAAUGUGUCCUGCUGGAAGUACAUACUCUGAUUGCGAACCAUGUGAAGGAACAUGCGAUAAUCCAAAUAUGGAAGGAGAAAAUUCACCCUGCACACUUCAAUGCAAGUUUGGGAAUUACUGCUCGUGCCCAGAAGGACAGAUGCAAAAGAGUCCAAAUGAACGUAUUUGCGUUCCCAAGGCCGAAUGCAUUGAGGCAAAAAAGAAAGAAAUGAUGGAACACCUUGAGCUUUAUAACUGCAAUGAAAAGGAGAAAAGGGGACAUUGUACUAGAGAAUUUGACCCAGUAUGCGUUGCUACAGGGUUUUCAGAAGACGGAGAGAUUCUGUUCAAGAGUGAAGCAAAUAAAUGCAUGCAUUGCGCAUUAAGUGAAACAUAUCGUUUCUACAAAGGAAGUUGUCAAUAGAUGUUUUACGCAUCAUCAUCAUCAUUAUCAUCACAAGACGAUGUGAAGAAUUUAAUUUUAAACCAGAUAAAGAAAGAUGCUUAUCACCAGAAAAUAAACUUUAUGAUGUUUGAUUUUUCCCCGCUAAAUACACUUGAACAAUUAAUAAUUACGACCAGUAAAUAACUCAUUUAGUGCAUGCCUCUUGCAAUUAAAGUUUGAUUUUUUCGU